AUGUGCUUUGGAAGCAAGAACGAACGCGAUAGCGACCCGGCGCCGCGUCCGGUGCAGCGACCUGUGUCGUCGCAGAGCCAGGGAGACGUCAAGAAGAGCAAAUAUAACCCACAGAACGACCCCAAUCAUCUGGGAGAGCCGAGUUACACAGCGCCUCCAGGCCCACCCCCGGACAAGAAGCAGGCUGCGGACUUUGCACCUCCUCCAGGACCACCACCUGGACAAUCGUCAUCGCAGCAGUAUGCUCCUCCACCAGGGCCACCUCCAAGUCAACAAUAUGCUCCUCCUCCUGGACCUCCGCCUGCCUUCGCCGCUCAUCCCCAGCACGACUGGGAGGUAGCUGUGCCUGAUACCUCGCUUUUCCCCCCUCCACCGGCCAUCUUCAGUGGCUAUGAUAGAUCCCCGACCAGCAAUGCCACUGAAGAAGAAGCCAUCGCCGGUGAAGACUGGUGCAAGGCCUAUCCCAUGACACAGCCCAUCUACCUGGACCAGAUCGGAAAGUCGGCUCUUCAGGCGGGCAACAUCCGUUUAAUGGAGCCCAUGGGCUUUAACGGAAAGCUCACCUGGGUCAGCCCUGGACAUUGGGAGGGUCGGACCUCAAAGAACUCGCCCGACCGUUGCAUCAUUGGCUACCCGCCCCUCUACUCUGUCACCGAGCAUGAUCCCAUCCGCCUUGGACAGCCCAAAACCAUUUACUAUGAGGUCCAAAUCACGCGCGAUAGUCCGGAGGUCUACGUUGGUCUCGGCUUCACGGCGCUGCCCUACCCUUCCUUCCGAAUGCCGGGUUGGCAUCGUGGCAGUCUGGCAGUUCACGGCGACGAUGGGCACAAGUACGUCAACGAUCGCUGGGGUGGCCGUGAUUUCACUGAGCCGAUGCGCCGCGGUGAGACGUACGGUAUUGGCAUGACCUUCCGCCCCAUCGGCGGGCAGAAACCCCAGGUCGACAUCUUCUUCACCCGCAACGGCACUCUAACGGGCGGGUGGGCGCUGCAUGAGGAGACGGACGCCGAGCAAGAUCUGCCUGUCACGGGCUUGGAAGGCUUCCAUGAUCUAAGCUGCGCCAUCGGGACGUAUGACGCCGUCAAGUUCAAGGCAGUCUUUGAACCAUCUGGGUGGAUGUAUAAUCCUCAUCAGCUGUGA